AUGUCCUCAGCAUCGGCAUUGAUAACGUCCUUAGAAGAUAUAGCAAAAAAUCCUAAAUUAGACCAUUAUGAUGAACAGUUAUGUAAAGAAAUUCAUCAAAAAUUAGAUAAAGAAGCAAAAGAGCAAGAUAUGAGCUACACAGAAAGAUUUGAAAUGGCAAAGAAAAAUUUGUUCACACACAGUAAGUGGGCAGAAAUAUUUCCAGCGGGCGUUGCACAAUGUUUAAAAGAAUACUGGAAAGAACGCUCGAGUUCAGCACCACUUGAUCCACGUUUUCCAAAUUCAAAUCAAACAAAACGUUGUUGGGUUAAUUAUGUUGACUAUCAUCGUUGUAUGGACGUCAAACAAGACGAAAAAAUUUGCGGAUAUUUUAAACAUUUAUACAAAGAUUUAUGCCCUCAUUCUUGGGUUGAAAGAUGGGAUGAGGAACUUGAAAAAGGUGUAUUUCCUGGUAUCAAUAAUUAG